AUGGAAAAUGAUGAAAGUGCAUUAAGGAGGAAAUUAGAAAUGGUCUGUGGUGUUCCCCUAUUCUGGAGUAUUGUUGAAGAAUGGGCCCAGGUGGAAUCAUUCCAAGCGAGGCCAGAUGACCUUCUCAUUUCCACCUACCCGAAAUCAGGCACAACCUGGAUCAGUGAAAUUGUGGACAUGAUCUAUAACAACGGUGAUGCUGAGAAGUGUAAACGGGAUGCGAUUUACGUUCGGGUCCCUUUCAUGGAGCUGAUCAUCCCAGGAAUUUCAAAUGGUGUCGCACAGCUGGCUAAAAUGCCCUCUCCCCGAUUAGUAAAGACCCAUCUUCCUGUUCAACUCCUUCCUGACUCCUUCUGGGAAAACAACUGCAAGGUAGCUGCUGAGCACAGUGAUGACGCCCAUCAAAAACAUAACAAUGGAAAAUCAACUAGCAGUUGUCUCGUCUUCUUUCCAGGCACUACAUGGAUGAGUGAAAUUGUGGACAUGAUUCUGAACGAUGGAGAUCCUGACAAAUGCAAGAGGGAUGCAAUUUUCAACAAAGUGCCCAUGUUGGAAUUUGCUGCCCCUGGAAAGAUGCCACCAGGUACAGAGAAACUGGCCGAGAAGUCAUCUCCUCGUUUAGUGAAAACCCACCUCCCAGUCCAGCUCCUUCCAAUGUCCUUCUGGGAAAAUGGCUGCAAGAUGAUCUAUGUUGCCCGAAAUGCCAAAGAUGUAGCUGUCUCCUUCUACCAUUUUGACCUGAUGAACAAGCUGCAUCCAGACCCCGGCUGGGGAUCACUAGCUAAGGGUUUAGUUGCGUAUGGUUCCUGGUAUGACCAUGUGAAAGGCUGGUGGGAGAAGAGAAAGGACCAUCCCAUUUUAUACCUGUUCUAUGAGGACAUGAAAGAGGAUCCAAAGCGUGAAAUUCGCAAGGUGAUGCAUUUCCUGGGGAAGGAUCUGAAGGAAGAGGUUCUGGACAGGAUCGUCUAUCACACUUCAUUUGAAAUGAUGAAAGAGAAUCCCACCACAAAUUAUAAGAUGACCCCAAAUGAUGUUAUGGAUCAAAGCAUCUCCCCUUUCAUGCGUAAAGGGAUUGCUGGGGACUGGAAGAAUCACUUUACUGUGGCCCAGAAUGAGACAUUCAAUGAAGAUUACGAGAGGAAAAUGGCUGGGACCAACCUGCAGUUCCGAACAGAGAUCUGAAGGAGCCUGGCAUCUUAGUGCUGUAGUUCUAAUUCACGGUUCUCUGUCGUUUCUGUUGAGAAUAGCUUUCCCCCCCACCUCCUUUCUUCAACUAGAAGUAGUACACUGAGAAGUGUCUGUGCCCUGGUGAUGGUCAGACACUUGAACCUGGAGUCUUGGGCCAUCUAGACCAUGGUGCAGUUACACUCCAGAGCAGAGGAAUUGUGGAAUCGACCUCACAAAGUCGAAUUUGUGUGUCCACACUAAGGACACUAAUUCGACUUUGUGAGUCCACACUAACGGGGCAAGCGUCGACACUGGAAGCGGUGCACUGUGGGA